AUGUACCCCGCCGAGCUCGCCAGCGUCCCGUACCUCUCCGCUGCGACUGCAACGGCGGCCUUCAGGCCUCAUUGCCAGGUGGCUCCGGACGACUUCCUCUUCCAGUACGGCGGCGGCGGGCUCAUGGUUCCUCGGGCGUCGUCCUACCAGCAGCACGACGUCGUCGGCCAGCUGCUCCACGAGGCCGCCGCCGGCGGCGGCCUCCUCCUCCCGUUCGGGGCCAGGCCGUCCAACUCGGACGAGUCGGACGAGUGCCACCACCACCACCACCAGGCGGCGCGCUGCGGCGGCAGCCUCGCGGAGGAGCGGCGGCGGCGGCGGAUGGUGUCGAACCGGGAGUCGGCGCGGCGGUCGCGCAUGAGGAAGCAGAAGCAGCUGAGCGAGCUGUGGGCGCAGGUGGUGCACCUCCGCGGCGCCAACCGCCAGCUGCUCGACCAGCUCAACCGCGUCAUCCGGGACUGCGGCCGCGUGCUGCGCGACAACUCCGGCCUCAGGGCCGAGCAGGCCAAACUGCAGGAGCGGCUCGAGGAGCUCCCUGCUGUGCCGGCGGCCGUGGCCGUGGCGGUGGAGGGCGCGGGAGAAGUUGAGCUUGAUGCUGCCCAGGGUGACAUGAUCGACUAG